CACGUCAGCCUGCCUGCCUGCCUGUCUGUCUGCCUGUCUGUCUGGCUGGCUGCCUGUCUGGCUGCUUUGCGCUGGUUCGUCCUCACAUAUAUUGUUUGGGUUUGCACUCUCCUGUACCCCCAAAUAAUGCCGUGAAGCCGCUGCACUCAAAUCUCGGCUUGCACACGUGUUUCUUAUUGUCGCACGGCUCGCCUUCGCCCGCUCGCAGCUGCAACGACCCAUACGUAUUACACAGACAAUGGCUCGCUCGUUGAACGCAGAUGAACGUUAAUGCGCUCACCUUGCAGAAUCCGUGCGUGGCCUUCUUCUCUCUCUUGAAGCACCUGACGGGCGCUGCAUGCCGAUUCGACACCAGGGGCGGCGUGUAGCAGUCGUCGUCCGUGCUGCACUUCUCCCUCCAGCUUUUCUUGUUUGAGCCGGCCGUUGGCAGCAGGCUGGCCAGUUUCGUGCCCAACUGCGUUAUCUUCUUGUCCUGCUCGACCGUCGGCUCUAGUUCAAGGGGCACACAUGGCGUCUCGUGGGCAUAGUAUUGCCAAGACCCGCUGACACAGGCACACACGCGGCCUCCCUGCUGUCUCCCGCAGUAGCCGUACUCGGCCAACUGAGGGCGGUGAAUCAGCGACCCGAAUCCGGUCAGCUGGACCUGGUAUCUGAUCGAACAGGCACUGAAGUUCUGGGCCUCCUUGUGUGGAGGCAGAUCGGCAAUGAUCUCAUCGAUUGGCGUUUCAGAGGAAAAGAAAUUGCCACGCGUCUUCACUGGCUCCCUCCUGCACUCACACACGGGCAGCUAGAGACGUGUGCACAGAAAGGACCGACGUAUGCGAGCGGCGUGUGAUUACCAGUUGAAUGUCAGGUGCUUCAGAGAGGACGCAGUGUAGCGUCUGGCGUCCUCUCUGAUAAUUUGCUCCCACUGUCCCUUCCAGUUGUCGGGCAUCAAACAGGGGUCCUCGGCCACCUCAAAGCCGCCAUGGUGGCCACUGCGGAGCGUGGCGGUCAGCGAAUGACGAGAUGAGAGUGCGGCUGCAUACGGGUGUGAGACAUGAAACGGCCUGCUUCUUCAGCACAGCCCAUCGCUCACCGGUGCGAUUCAGCGCAUUGGAGGGGACGGCAAUGGCAAUGAGCACCAGCAGCUGCACACACACGCACACGCACACAGGAGGCAGACACGACAGCAAAACCCCGAUCAUCGAUGAUGACUGUCUCAUUGCAGUGGCGUCGGCCAUCAGCACGUAGAUACCGGGGCAGCGGUCAGGAGAGGCGACCGUUUGAUCAUGGUGGGGCACGACGGUCAGACGAGGAAGAAAGAAGCGGGAAGGGGAUGAGGCC